UGACAACUAAAGCUGUAAGCAAUAUGGCGGACGGAGACGGGGUUGUAUUGUGGGAUUCAACAGAUAUUUUCAAUAUUUUGAAUCAGACUGACAUGAAAUGUCCCAGAAUAAGUGAUCCAAACUAUUUGUUACUGUAUGUUGUUUCAAUAACAGAUACGAGAAAACGAAAAGAUUUCAAUGAAAGCCAUAUUUUAACAGCCAAGUACGCUCCACGGAAUGAAACAGGUUCAUUUACUGUCUCAUAUGAUUCAGAAUUACAGACAAAACAAUACUGUAUUGUUUACGACAGUCGAACUGAUUCAAUCCAUGAUAUAGGAAGCCCUGCCGUUUCAUACGCUCGUAUGCUGUGGGACAAAGGAAGCAGAAAUCCUGUAAUCAUCAUCAAAGGUGGCUAUGAAAGGUUUUCUGCAUUAUAUCCAUUUUUGAGAACACAGAAAAUCAUCUACACCCAAAUUGAACUUAAUUCUCUUGACACAUACCCCUUAGAAUACUUACCUGGUCUACUAUACAGCGGUACGCUUACUCAAGGACAAAAUCCAGUGGUUAAAAAAGUUAUAAAAUGCAACGCUUUUGUGAAUGUCACCUGCCAAAGCGAGAUUUUUUCUAAGGAGGAAGGCUCCUUGUCCUCAAUAAAGUUGCUUCAUAUUCCUAUAGAGGAUGUCUCAAAUGCUGAUAUAUAUUCGUAUUUUGAAGAAGUUGUCAAAUUUAUUGAUGAAAAUAUUCUUCUUGGUCAAUCAGUUCUGGUUUGUUCUGAUCUUAACAUAUGCCGGAGUGUCACUGUCGUAGUGGCGUAUCUGAUGUGGAAAAAACAUUGGACGCUUGAAAAAGCGUACAUACACGUUAAGAAAUGUCAAAAGAACAUGCGUCCUCGAAGGUCAUUUAUUGAGCAGCUUUCUAAGUGGGAAAAUCAUCUUUUUGGUCAGACUAUGACAGAUAUUACGGAACCAAAAUAUUGACAUUUGUGAACUGUGUUCUAUUUAUGCAAAGAAGUUUGUAGAUUCCAACUGUUGUAAAUUGUUUGUUAAAUUGUACAUUUUUUAAAUAAUAAAGCCAUCAUGAUCUGCGUGAUUGAA